ACAAGUUAAAGAAAACAAAGUUCUGACAACAGAUGUGGAAAAAUAAAAAAGAUCAAGUAACCUCCUUUACAUCCAUAUAACCAUAUAUCCAUCUGCAGGUUUAUCAUAUUGAUAAAAUCAUGUGCUCUCAACCUGUUCAACACAUAUCAGAGUAUUUUAUCAAACCAUCUCACCUUUCACAGGAUUCUAAACAAGUCAUUCAUUUGGCAACAUGGGACUUAGCUAUGCUCUCCUUUCAUUACAUCCAGAGGGGGCUUCUGUUUAGAAAGCCUGAAGCUCAAGAUAACUUCAUUCAAGUUUUUCUACAGAAGCUUAAAGAUGCUCUUUCUCUUACCCUUGCUCAUUUUUAUCCGUUGGCAGGCCGUCUGGCGAAAAAACAAGAUUCACACUCUUUUGUUCUGUUUGUAGAUUGCGUUAACAGUCCUGGUGCAAGAUUUGUCCACUCUUCAGUUGAUACCACAGUUUCUGAUAUACUUUCGCCGCCUUAUGUUCCAAUGAUUGUUAGGUCAUUUUUUGACCAUCAUAAGGCUGUCAAUUACGAUGGCCUUAACAUGUCCUUGUUAACGGUUCAAGUGACUGAGCUAAUUGACGGAAUUUUCAUUGGUUGUUCAAUUAAUCACUCUGUGGCUGAUGGCACAUCUUUUUGGAAUUUUUUCAACACUCUCUCUGCAAUUUUCCAAGGGUCAGGAGUCACGAGCCCACCAAUCCAUGAGCGCUGGUUUCCAGAUGGCUAUGGUCCAUUUUUCCGUCUCCCUUUUACGCGUGAUGAUCAAUUUAUCACCAGGUAUGACGCUCCAAUUCUUAAAGAGAAAAUCUUCCAUUUCUCAGUUGCGAAUUUAGCAAGAAUCAAAGCAAAAACAAAUGCUCUUUGCAAAGACAGAGCUGUCAGGAUCUCAUCUCUACAAGCCUUGUCAGCUAUAAUUUGGCGUUGCAUCACACGCGUACGUGGCCUAACAAAAGAUCAAAUUACUAGUUGUUGCAUGCCCGCGAAUAACAGAUCAAGAUUAGAUCCACCUUUGUCAGAAAAUUACUUUGGGAAUUGUAUUCAAAUGUUAAAAACAUUCACUACAGCCAGCAAGCUUCUUGCAAACAACUUCGAAUGGGCUGCUCUACAACUGAAUAAAACUAUUCUUGAACACAAUGACAAGUCUGUACGUAAAUCUGUCGCGACAUGGCUGCAAACUCAGCGUCCGAACCAACUGGGACAAUUGGCUGAUCCUGGUAACAUUGUAGUAUCGAGCUCACCCCGUUUUAAUAUGUAUGGCAACGAAUUUGGAUUCGGGAAGCCUGUGGCUGUUCUUGGUGGAUAUGGAAACCUGUUCAACGGUAGAGUGACAUUGUUUCAAGGGAGUGAAGGUGGAGGAAGCAUCGACACCGGGAUAUGCCUAAACCCUAAGAUAAUGAAUGCAUUGGAAUGUGAUGAGGAGUUCUUGGAUGCUCUAAACAGUUCAAGUAAUUAGUUAAUCAGAAGCAUUACCAUGAUUUGUUUAGACAAUUAUUAGAAUUAUUGACAAAACGCAUCCCUAUCAUUCGGAUUAUCAGCACUUUAAUAUCUAAACUUUUGAUGAUUGCAUCGUGCAUCUCGUAACUUAUUUUGACAAUAUUAUUUGAACCGUUCGGUCAAAUUCAAAUAUCAUCGUUAACGUCUAUAAUCUAUAUGCUUCAGGGUACCAGCUAAAAACCCCUGCCCGACUUCCUUACCUCGCCAAAACACCUCAAUACAUCAAAUCCCUCAAAUUCUGCCUGAACCUAGCAAUCAGCGUAAUGUAAAAAUACGCAUCUCAUUCAAUCACUUCCUCAAACAAGUUAUGUGCACAGCAUGCACUCACAAACCCUCAUACCUUAAAAAUUAAUCCAAGCCAAGGGCUAAAAAAGCAUUGCAAGA